AUGACAGAGGCCUCUGCAAAUCUGAUUGAUACCGCGGCCCCGUCGCUACGACCAGCGCGGUCCCUGAGCAACCUCGCCACCAGGCUUGCCCUGCAUUCCGGUAACGAGCAAGUCUUGGUUGGCUUCGUCGGCACCGUCUCGUCGGCACCACCGAGCGUCAAUGACCGAUUUAUCACCCUCGACCCGGCAACCAUCGAGGCAGAGAAAGAGCAGGACAGCGCGCUCGCGCAAUGGGCGGCCCUUGACGCGCUGCUCGCAUGGCUGUCGCGGCUCCACCCUAUCAUCGCCAUGGUCGUCUUCGAAUCAUGCAUCGGCAUGUUCAUGGGUCCACACGGCAGCUAUGCCAAGGCCAUAUUGACGGUGUGCGACUUCAUGUUUGGACUAUGGAGAUGA